UAAACCAGCAUGAGCUAGACGAAAGGCGGACACACACAGGUCGCCAGUCGCUCACUCGGAACUCUAAUCGUUACUAGAAAAAGUAAUCCCGUUACUGCCACCAACUGACAGGACUCACAAGCAAACUGAUGCGCAUUGCUAUUGGACGUAGCGAGGGUUGGACUCCAGCACCCCACCGCCUGUUAUUCCAACGCUGUGAGCGCGUCUGGCCAGUCGCUCCUCGUUGCGCGCUGGCUAUGGAUCAGGACGCAGCGUGCCUCCCUGCUGUCUCCCGCGGACAGGCUGCACUCUGUGGCGCAUAAAAAGGCGUCCAAAUGAACCGCCGCCCUCCUGGACCCUCCGGCGUGCAAUGGCUUAACAGGAGAGACAUGAGUGUCCGGACGGAGGACAGCAUCACCUUGUGCCAAAGGGCUCUCCAAAUCGUUACGGAACUUUGUCUCGCGGGACACGUAGACCGGGAGAAAUGUUCGGAUAUAUUUCCUAUGGAGAGCACCAUACCAGGUAAAGGACACGCAGACAUCUCUAUUAGUCUCCUUGCUGUGGUCGUGGGUUUUUGUGGCCUCGCCCUGUUGGUAGUCUCUCUCUUUGUUUUUUGGAAGCUGUGCUGGCCCAUUUGGAGGAGCAAGGCUCUGUCAGCCCACGCCGAAAAUGGCCUCCAUGUGGGUUUCCCUGAGGCGCCUCCACCCAACUCCCCUCCUGUCACAGAGUGCAAAGCGGCGGAGGUGGAGAAGAAGUACCCGCUGGAAGUGAAGGUGAAUGGACGGAGCACUGUCAAGCUCCUGGAGGCGGCCAUGAAGAUCAGCCAGACAUCUCCGGACAUCCCCGCUGAGGUACAAACAGCCCUGAGGGAGAAGCUCAGCCAGCAGGCUAAGAUCCAGAGGCAGACCACUGAGCCAACCUCCUCCUCCAGGCACAAUUCAUUCCGCCGCCACCUGCCUCGUCAGAUGCAUGUCACAAGCUUUGACUUCAGCAUGGACACAGUGCCUCUCCGCCAGUCUUCUACAGUAAGCAUUGGAAGAAUAAAACCCGAACUCUACAAGCAGAAAUCUGUUGACUCAGAAGAUGAGGCCAAAGAGCCUGUGGAGACUUGCGGAAAGCUCAGCUUCUCACUGCAUUAUGACUACGAGGAGCAAGCUUUGGUAGUGAGAAUCCUCAAAGCCUUGGACCUGCCUGCCAAAGACUUCACGGGAACCUCCGACCCGUACGUGAAGAUCUACUUGCUACCAGAGAGGAAGAAGAAGUUCCAGACACGAGUCCAUCGCAAGAAUCUGAACCCCAUCUUUGACGAGACCUUCUGCUUCCCAGUGGCGUAUGAUGAAAUUUGCAACCGCAAGCUGCACUUCAGCGUCUACGACUUUGACCGCUUCACCAGCCACGAUAUGAUUGGCGAGGUGGUGGUAGACAACCUCUUUGAACUCUCUGAUCUAUCCAGGGAGGCUGUGGUGUGGAAAGAUAUUCAUGCAGCAACUACGGAGAGUGUUGACCUGGGAGAGAUCAUGUACUCGUUGUGCUACCUCCCCACAGCAGGGAGAAUGACUCUAACGGUCAUCAAAUGCAGAAACCUUAAAGCCAUGGACAUCACAGGCUCUUCAGACCCAUAUGUGAAGGUUUACCUGAUAUGUGAUGGACGGAGGUUAAAGAAGCGAAAAACAACCACCAAGAAAAGCACACUUAAUCCAGCGUACAACGAGGCGAUCAUCUUCGACAUUCCCCCGGAGAAUGUGGAACAAGUCAGUCUGUCCAUCAUGGUGAUGGAUUAUGAUCGGGUUGGACACAAUGAGGUGAUUGGUGUGUGUCGCACCGGGCCAGAUGCUGAGGGUCUUGGACGGGAUCACUGGAACGAAAUGUUGGCUUACCCACGGAAGCCCAUCACACACUGGCACGCUCUGGGAGAGGAAAAUACAGUGGCCUGGAAGAGCAGCAAGCUUUGAGAGUCAAGGUUCGUGUCCUUCACCCAAACCUCCACAGACACCUUGAUGAUCACAGGUAGAAUGAUAACACCACCUCUGUAAGAAACCAGACGUUUCUUUAGAGUUGCUGAGAAGUUGUGUUGCCUAUGAGUCUCUUUAGUCUCGUGAGCGUGUUGUAUGAAAAUUGGAUUAAUUCCGACACAUUUCUUAUAUGUUUAUAAAAAAGGUUGUGUUGAAAUUGUUUUUAUUAAUUCAUUUGAACUCCAGUUCUUCAAGUGCUCUAAAGAGCUGGCUAUGCACAGCACUCACUGUCACUCAUUUCAAGAGUUUGUUUUUCAUACAUCUUCAUUGAAAUUCUCAGAAAGGCUUUAUUUGUCUAUUAACAGUUACACAGACCACAUGAAUGGUAGGCCUCACUGCAAGAAGUCCUCAGUGAUUCACUAGCAGCUUUGUCAAUCUUUUCAAUCUUUUGAGCAAAAUGUUUUUCUAGCCCAAGAGCUCUUUAGUGAAUUAGCAUUUUACUUUGAAAUGGCACAAAGUUAAAGGGCUACCCUGCUCAAUGCCAUGAAAACAUUUGCUUGACAAAAAACAAUCAAUAAAUCCAGUGAGCCUUGAUCCAGGUUUUGGUUGAAGACUGCAGGUAAUUGAGCAUCUAAAGGGCUUGGAAAAUCUCUCUUCAAAUUCAUCAAGCACAACUGUCACAGAUGCGUAAAACCGGCCAGUGUUACCUGCAGAUAUUAGAAAAGUCGACAUGACUCAGAGCUAGAGAAACUGUAGCAGAUACAUGUAGCAAACAUAUGUACAAAGAGAUAAACAAAGUCAAAUCAAAGUGUGUUUGAAAUAAUUUUACAAUAAAUUUGUUUCCAAACACCUGGCAAAACCUUAAAUAUAACAAUUUAAUAUUUAUUUUUGUACACACCAGAUUGAAUCCAGAACAUAAUUAGAAAUUGAAGUAGCAGCUUAUAGAAAUUAGUUAGACUAAUCCUCUUAUUACUCCUGUAACUUCUAACUUAAAUAUAAUUGAACUGUUGUUUACGCUGCAAAUGUCUCUUAAUUAAUGAACAAUGGUACGUUGUGAUAUUUUGGCUCCACAUUCUACUUUACAAAUUGGUUGUAAAAAGGUAAAUGGAUGAUCUUUAUUAGAGGAUAUCAAUACAUUAAUUAACAAUGUUGUUCUAAAUAUAUGGAGAGAGUGUAUGUGCCAAUGAUUCAGGAAAUAGUGUCCAAUCAUAGCUUAGCAACAGCAAUUAGGAACAGCAGGCCUGUCAAGCUUUGAUUUCUUCUUUUUUACCCUCUGCAAAAUGAAAAAUAUAUGACCAAAAAUGCAAGGAAUGGAUUAAACAGUGUGUUUAUCUGCUCUAACUUAAGAUGCAAACGUUAGUAUGUCUGGCUAACUAGCUCACUGCCUACAGUAGCAACCUAACCCAGCCUUACAUCCAAGGCCAGGAGCAUUUUAUACUGCAUUAUUUUGGUGGGAAAUUAGCACCAGCCAUCAGCCAAAUGUUGGUAAAAUAUGACUUUGAACAUUUAUCUGUCAGUGGCUGGCAGAUGUUCACAUUUUAAAAAGUUAAUUUCGAUCUCUGGAGGUUAAAAAAAACAGAAGUCCCAUUCACAAUUAGCACAUCGACUGUGUAGUAUUCCUCACUUUGUGGAACUCUGGGUCCUGGAUGCUACUGUAUCUGAGUUUAAGCUCUGUCCUGCCGUAUUGGAUCUGGGAAAGUUUAUGUUUCACCUACCCCAUCCAAACUUGUUAUCUGAGAUAGCAUUACACUUGCCAAACACAUUACGGUAGUUAGUCCUCAUCCUAAAAGCCUUUUCUCUUGUAAAGUUAAAAGUGAAACAUACAGUUUGAAAAUACAAAUAAUAAAGCAUAAAUCUAACCUCUGUCUUGCUUGUCCAAGUACAGGUAUGUAAACUAAACAGCUAAACAGGGUUAUGUUAGAAUGAAAUAGUCUGAUCUUACAUUUUUCUUUAUCAUACACGUAAUACUAGGACUAACUAGCUCUACACUGAAAGACAAGAACAAUGCCAUGGCUUUUACAUGGGUCAUCGUCUGGUGAGGAUGCUGCCUGGGACAUGCGUCUUUAGUCUCUGUCUUUUUAGCAUGAUAUCAUGUAUGUAGCCGUUUGAAACAAGACAUCUUGACAAAUCAAAUCAUGAAGCAAUCGUUAGCUUAAUCAGUAGUUAGCUACAGCUGCUAAAAUCUGCUAGCGACAGAUGUCAUUUCAGCCGACAAAAUUGAAGGUCGAGAGCUAGAAAUGAGAGGCUGCUUUUGUCAACCUCUGUAUGAAAUAAAGGACCCAUUGUUUAGAAAAUUACCGUGUAUUUCGGGUGGUAAAUCUGACACCAUUGCCACUGUAAACUGCACGAGGUGCAAUGUGAAAAUGACAUGGCAUUGCAACAGUAACUAAGGGGGACGGAGCUUAGAGAACGCUCAUUUGAGUAAUACAGAUAGUAAUCGAAUCUUAAUUUAACCAAACUUUAUUGUACAACAACUUUUCCUCACCAGUUACAAAUUCAGGGAAUUAUCCAUAAACAAGUUACAUACACACUCAAAUAUUUGCUAAUGUUAUGUAUAUUUUUUAUUUUUUUAAGCCAUGUGAAAUUAAGUUCAAUGCAUCUAACACAGAACACUGACUCAGCUUCUCCUUAUGUGAGUAAUAAGAAACUAAUAAGAAACCAACAUAGCAAAUAGCAAAAGGCUAUGUACUGUUAUCUUACUUGCACAUACAUAUAAUGAUACACAUAAUGAUGCUUUCCUCCCCUGCGCUGCCCUUAAUAUAAAAAAGAUGUUUUUACUUGUAGCAUGCCUCUCACCACUUUAAAAACUUGCGGGAAAAUGUAAGAAAUUAAUAUGUUAUAGUAUUUCAAAUUUCAAACUUUGUGUUUACAUUUGUGUGCAUAUAUAUAUAUAUAUAUAUAUACACACACACACACACACUUGUCCAUGGCACUGUUUGUACAUAUUCAAAAGUGAAAUUUAAGAAGUUGUCGUAAACUUAAAGAAAUAGAGACAUCACAAUGUAUAUCUAUUGUUUGUGAUAAUCUGAACAGCUCAGACUUGUGAUUGAGUAAAAUUUAUACACGUUCUGUAAUAGUUGUGAACAAUAAGUCAAAUUGGAGACCCAGUGAUGCCAUCUCUACCUUAUCAAGUUAUUCCAUGUUUAGGAGUUCAGAGCUUUGAGCUGUAAUUGUUUGCAUAUUGGUUGAAUCUAUAUUGAGCAAGAACAACUGCAACUACUGUCAUGAUGUGUACAGUUUGUGAUAACUUUUGUAACAAUUUAAAGUAAACAUUUGGAAUAUGAUUUAUUGUGUCUGUUUCAUAUGUAUUUUAAUAAAAUGAAUAAAAAACAAGA